AAACUAGCCCACUGAGGCUGAGCUCAGAGGGCAUCAGGAUCUGGAGGAGACAGAGACCCAGAGAAAGGCAGAGUCAGAAAGCAACAGCCAGUGAUUGCUAGAGAGACAGAGGAACUGCCGCAGCCCCAGAGGGUCAAGGAAACUGGCCAGGGAGAGGCAGCAGGCUGAGAAAGCACAAAGAGACAACAGAGGCAGAGACAGAGAGCGGAACCCCAGCCUGGGCCCGCGGUUCCGGCUGACCUCAUGGGUCCCCUUUGGCCAGGUGUUCGCUGCAGCCUCUUCCUCCUCUUGCUGUUGACCUCCACAGCCCCGGGGGGCCUCUCCAGAGCCCAAGCCCAGGCCUUCCCCGAUGCUGCCCUGAGUCCUCCUGGAGGCCCCGAGGAUGGAAGCCAGCCCAACUACGUGGCUGCUCCCGGCCACAGUCCAGGGGACCACAGAGAGGAAGAAGAAGACACCUCAGCUGGGGCUGGGCUCUGGGGGGCCCAUCACGAGGAGGCCGAGCACAGCCACCCUGAGGACAUGUCUGUGGAACACGGGCACUGGGGGGGAGAAGAGGAGGAAGAAGAGGAGGAAGAUGCCUCCAAUGAGCAGAGGACCCAAGGCCAUGAGGAUGAGGACAAGGACGAAGAUGAUGAUGUCGAUGACGACAGUAAGAGUGCCUCACAGGAGGAGGACUCCUGGGGUGGCCACAAGCCCCAGGCCCCAGAGGAGGAGGAGGAGGAGGGUGCUUCCACAGAGCAUGGUGACAGGGACUUUGGGGACCGAGGACACGAGGAGGAAGAAGACACGUCAGCAGAGCUCGAGUACUGGGUAAACCACAGGGAUGACUCCAUAGAAGAAGAGCGCCUUGGCCCAGUCUCUGCCAAGCCUCCAGGCCAGGAGGAGGAGGAAGAGGAAGAGGAAGAAGGGGAAGAAGAGGAGGAAGAGGAGGAAUACUCUGCAGCCCAGCACAGCCACUGGGGAGACCCUGAAGGCAGCAGGGGGCCCCACAGCCAGGAGGAGGAGGAGGAUGAAGCAGCUCAGCACUGGAGGGGGGCCCAGAGUCACAGCCAGUCAGAAGAGGAGGAUUCUGCCGAGAGUCAGGAGGACCACCGAGAAGAGGGCAGCAUCUCUGCUGAGCGUGACCGUGAGCCUCUGGGCCCUCAGGAGGAGGAGGAGGAGGAGGAGGAAGGCACAAACACCUCUGUGGAGGAGGGAGGGCACUGGGGAGGUCUGAGGCUCGGAGCCCAGGAGGAGGAGGAGGAGGAGGAGGAAGGCCACAAGAGAAGCCAGGAGGAGGCUGAGCACCAGGAAGUCUCCUCUGUCCAGGAGUCCUUGGGGGUUGAGGUCCCAGGUAAGGACGAAGAAGAGGAAGCUGAGGCCGGUGUCCCAGAGGCCAGAGACAGCUCUGAGGAAGCGGCAAGCGGGGCCCCUGGAGAGGAGAGCCUGGAAGACAUCAGUGAGGAGAAGGAGGAGGCCGGAGGCCAGGGCCAGGAGGAGGGCGAGGAAGAGGAGUACCAGCCUGGCUCCCUGUGCCAUUACUGCGGCUUCUGCAAGAGAUGCACUGAGUGCGAGUCCUGCCGCUGCGACGAGGAAAACAUGGGAGAGCAUUGUGAUCACUGCAAGCACUGCCAGUUCUGCUAUCUCUGCCCUCUACUCUGCGAGACGGUCUGUGCCCCUGGAGGCUACGUGGACCACUUCUCUUCCAACCUGUUUCAAGCCUUGACGGAGAUGGUGGAAACUCCAGAGUCGUGAUGAACUUCUGGACAAACAGCAACCCCCACUCCCGGCUCCACCCACUUAUUUAUUAUGAAUAAACCCUAUCCUUGCAGGA